AUGGCCAAGAAACGAUCAGCGCAGGAAGUUAUCGCACAAGAAUUUGAUAAGCUUGACACUGAUGGUGAUGGAAUGAUACCACUGAACGAGAUGCAUAAUUUGUUAAACGAUUACUUUAACCGGAAACAAAUUGGAUUAACCGGGAGACAAAUUCGUCUACUUCUAAAGGAAGCUGACAGAAACCGCGAUAAUGUUCUUGAUUUCAAUAACUUCUCGCAAUUGGUAACAUCAGCAGAUGCACAGAAGAAAAAAUUGAAAGUGUUGAUGUAUUCGGUGGCUGAUACAGUUAUUGCCAAAACUGAUAGACCCACUGUGCAUACAUAUAUUGAUGAAUAUAAUUGCCUGCCUCCACCAAUAUUUGUUUUAAGCAUCUCGCUGUUGCAGAUAGCUACUUUUGUAUAUUAUAUGUAUGGACGACCAGAAAAUCCAUUUACUUAUUGCGCUGGUUGUUGGAUUGAUGGAGCGAUUGGACCACUGUUAUUUGCUCCAUCCCUUCGUUAUCAAGCUUGGCGAUUCUUCAGCUACCAAUUCGUGCAUCAAGGAAUUCUUCAUCUAAUGCCUAACGUUAUUUUUCAAUUAGUAAUUGGCAUACCACUAGAACUGGUCCAUAAAAUGUGGCGUAUAGCAAUUAUCUAUCUAUUGGCUGUUUGCCUAGGGGCAUUACUGCAAUAUGCAUUUGAUCCAUCCGUCUAUUUGGUUGGCUGUUCUGCUGGUGUUUAUGCUUUAAUAGGUGCUCAUCUUUCAAAUCUUAUUGUUAAUUGGGCUGAAAUGCCGUUUCGACUGAUUAGACUAUUUAUCAUUUCUGCAUACGUUCUUGCCGAUAUAGCAGUGACUGUUCAUCGUCGUUUUCAAAUGGACGAGUGUGAUCGUAUAUCGUACACUGCUCAUAUUGCUGGCGCUGUUACUGGUUUGCUUAUGGGUGUCAUCAUUUUACAUAAUCUUAAGGUAAAUGGUCCUGUAUUGGGAGCGAAUACUUAUGACUGUGUCGCUUGUAUUGUUUGGUACUAUUUUUUGUUCCUAAUGGCAAUGGUUAUCUUUGUGAAUCCGUUCUCGAAACCAAUUUGGGAUACAGUACAAUGCAAAAAUGAUCCAAUUUUACUGGACAGUGAUGACUUUUAUACAGAUUUUAAGGAUUAUUGA